ACAAUGUAUCUCAACACACUGCUUAGUUUCUGUAACAAUGUGAGGAAUUUUCUGCUUUUAAGGCAAGUUGUUGGUAAAGAUGACAUUUCCCAAAAGGACAGUUGGAGAUUCCCCUAAGAGUGGCGAGCAAUCACGAACCGUGCCUCCGUCAACCUUAAUGCCAAAGCAAGAGGUCGAUGCUACUCUAAAUUCCCCAGAAACUGAAUGCAUUUCAGAACCCAAAGUGGAGUCAACACAAUGUAGUUUUGAGACUUUUACAUGUUCUGACUUGCUGCCUGUUGGCUCAGAGGACCAUGAGGCGGCGUGCGGGGGGGUUUCUCAUAUGUUGCUCUCUGAUAUUUUGGUGCCUGUAUUGGAUGAGUCAGCAGAGCACAACCUUCACAAAGAGGCCUUAUCAGUUGGUCUUCAAGAAGAUUCAGUCAAAGUUGAGGAGUCAACAUAUAUUGAGAGACCAGCAAAUACUGAAACGGAUGAGACAACAGCAAGUCAGUCUGUGUCAGUGGAAUGGAAAACGCCUUCUUGUAGGAGAAGCACACUUCGCCCAAAGCCUAAAUUAUCAAAAAAGAGAGAUGAUCCUUUAGAAACCGACCUCUGUCAGCCGGGCUCUACACAGACCUCUUCAGCUACUCCUCAGCAGUCCCUGGACCCUCAAGCAGAGGAAUGGUCCCUCAAAAGCAAUAUGCUGCCCAUGGACUCGGAUGAGAUUGAGAACUGGUGUGAAGGAGUUUCCCACAUGUUGCUGUCAGAUGCAUUUGUGCCUGUUUCUGAAGAGAUUGGACAGAAUAGCACAGAUCUAAAAGUAUUUGUCUCAAGCAGUCCUCAUGAGGAUGAGGAACACGCUCUUAGUCUGCCAAAGAGUGAGGAGACACCCUCUGAGAUUUCCGAUGAAGUACAUCAAUUAGACACUAUUUCUGACCUGCCAAAGAUUGAUGAGUCAAAUGAGAGUCUGCCAGCAUCACAAGCAAAAAAAUCACCAGCGAGAAGUACAUUUCAGAUGACACUAAGAUCGCCCGAAAGACGCCUUAAAGAUCAACCCAAUGUGCUAAAGACAGCCCAAGCUGCCCCAACAACACCUCAGCGAGCUCAGACAUCAAAAGUGAAGGAGUCCAUGAGAACUCCAACAAAGCAACACACAGGAGAGAUCUCAGGUGUGUGUAGGGUACAGCUAGAGAAGUUAUCUGUAGAGGAAAUAUGCACUCCCCAAAGUGUCCUGCUACCAAAGCAUCACAGCACACCCGUCACUGUGAAAUCCAUUUUUAGAGGGAAUGAGAUGCCCAAGGCAUCUCUGGCUUUGCAUGGAAGCAGAAGCCCUGGUUUAGAAUUGCAUGCUGAUGAGGAGCCACUCGUGCCUCCAGGAUACUCACCAAAGAUUGUCCUUCAUCGUGUACCAAUAACUGAUGCGAACACGCUUACCUCGUCCCCAGCUAGAGUGUCCACCACAGCCUCCCGACCACCGGCAGAUCAUCAGUUCUCUCAAAACAGCCCUCCAAUCUCCAAUUUGGAUGCUGAUGAGGAUCCUGUUCAAGUGUCCCAGUUCUUCCUGGAUGACAUCUUCACUGAAGUCGUGGAUCCGGACUGAUUCUUGUUUGAGACGUUUUUCACUGCUGCUAUUCCUGUUCAUUGCACUGGAGUGAACAUGUACAACACUGGUACACUGCUAAUUGCAGACCUAUUAGAGAAUUGUUAGUAAUUUUAAUAAAAUUGUUUAACUUUCACAAAGGAAAAACACAUACAUAUAUUAUA